AUAACAGAUAGCUGAAGUUUUUAGGUAACAUUUUGUUGAACCAAACCUUAAACAAAUAUCGUAGAACUCUUAUACUCCUUUUCGUUUUUAGUUAGGGCAAAAUGGAUGGUGAUAGUCCACCAAUACUACCUAAUGUACCUAGAGAGGUUAACGGAUCAGCUAUCGUCAAUCCGGCCCCGGAAGGCUUCGAGGCCUUGAUUCGGGAUAUCAAGCUAUCAUUUCAGGAAGUUGGUAACUCAGACUUUCAGAACUCGCUUCUUGUACGUGGAUACCAGUAUUUGCAACGGAAUUCAAAUAGACAUUGGUUUUGUGAUGAGUAUAUGUAUCCCAUUUCGAGACAUCUCCUAAUCUUAUUUUCAUUUCCAGAUAAUCAGGAACUAUCUACACCUGUAAAGGCUGGGAUAAGGAAGAGCAUAACAACGUGCACGAAGUGUGCUAUCAAGUAUCACCAGGGUAAGUCAUAUUUGAGGGAAACCUUGACCGUGGAAAGAGGUGUCCCAGUUCCAGCUCUUACCAAAUUCAUAGAAAUCGUAGAUUCUUGGGAGGCUGAAGUAGUAUCCCCUUUGUUGUCCGUUGGUGAUAGCUAUAAUGAUAGCGAGCAGCCCUUGGACGAGAGAGUCAUCUUGGGUAUACAAUUGUGCAUUUUGAAUCCCGGUGUCAUUAGAAUGGAUCUGAAAAUUGCAACAAUGGUUCGCAGAUUGUUUGAAAUAGUCCACCCUGAGAAUAUCCCUUCAACUUCAAGAUUGGAUCCAGGAAUCGUCUAUUUUCUUUUUGAAGGAACUCCGAAACAAAUAAAUUGGGCUAUAUAUGCAUCAAUUCAUCUGUCCGACAUCGAGAAGGAAACUACUUCGAACUUUGUUGACGAGUUCAAAACUUAUUACUAUCGCAUUCAGGAUGCCAAACACUUCUCCACCAAGGCAUGUAUUAAGUUUUGGCAAUGUUUCCUCAUUGUCGAACCAAAUAUCGAUACCAAGACUUUAAUAGAUCAACUAAACUCACCGAAGGAUUUGGAGGUGAUGUCUGUGCAUCAAAAGAUUCGUCUUUACCCCUUAUUCAGAGUGUUACUUAAUCAUAUCAUGUCAUUUCUUAAUGAACCAUUGCCUAUAUUACUCCGAGCUUUAGAUGUACUCUUGGCGCGUUUAAAGAGUGAAUUUUGGAAGCAUUCAGCUCCAUAUACUUUUGUCAACAUCUUGGAUACUGUAUUAAUGAGUCCAUACAUUGUUCAGUUUAUUUGUUUAUUGACUCCCAAUCGAAAGGACUCACCAAAAUUAGACACUCUUAGUGAUGUAUUAAGCUGGAUGUCUUCCUUAACGGAAUCAUUGGUCGGGUCUCAACAACAAAUUGCUGGUGUACGUUUAGGGCAAUUCUUACUUCAGCAAGAAGUUCCGCAAUUGGGGCCCCCAAAAAGCGGCACCGUCAUUGAUAAACGGAAAAGUGCUAACGCAAUUUUGGUGUACAAUUUAGGGUGCCAAUUAUUACAAAAAUGUAUUCGUUUGAAUGAAGAUGAUAUAAAGAUUGGUGAUAAGAACUUCUUAAUUGAAUUACUUAAAAAAAGAGAUGCUAGAGCAGCGAUCGACAAUAGAGCAUCCCAAAUAGUUGACAUUUCUAUGGGAGAAUAUGAUUAUUUACAGAAAGAAGUGGAUGAAUUUGAAUUGGACGGCACUAGAAUUAUUGCAAAGGACAGUGCAACCAAGCUCAUAUCUAUGGCAGCAUAUUAUGAUAUCCUGAAUUUUUCUCACCAUACAAGGCUAUUACAGGACUCAUCAGUACCAACUUCCUUGGACGCAUUCCCGCUCUUGUGGUCGGAACUCGUUAAGGGUAAAAUCCAUACGAGAAAAAAUCUUUAUUUGGAACUCUUCCAAUCUUUUAAAUUUGUCUCGAGUGUGGUUUCUAUUGAAAGCAACAUUAAGCAACCAGUAACCAACAAGGCUUUGGCGUCAGCAUUAUCAAUUCACAACAGAAACGUGCAGACUGUAAUGAGGGCUAUUAGUUCAUUUUUAGAGAAAUUGAGUUUGGUGAAUCCAACCGACUUAAAGUUGGUAUUUACAGAUGAAGCAGCUCUGGUUGGAUAUUGGUCAUGUGUUUUAUCCCCUCAUACCAACCAAGCAGCAAUUGACAUCAUGUAUCAAGUAUUUGAUGACGGUGGUGCUAGAUUUGAAGCUAUUCAAGCUUUACUUAAGGAAGUUCCUGCAACUCUUAAUCCAAUCUCACAGAAUAUAACCAUUUUAACCCAAUUGAAAGCAUUCGAACCAUGUCCCAAGAGUGUGAGAAUCUUGAUGGAUAUUGUUGAAGCACUCGCGGACCCAUUGAAGGGACUUUUGAAUCUUACAAAUCAAUUCUCAGACAGUCAAGAAUUGAUCAAGACGUUUUGGAAGAAAUCUUGGCAGUUUCUUGUUAUGAUCUACCAAGGAGCACUUACUUGGGCCAAUCAAUAUCCAUUAGAGAGGAUGAUCGAAUUUACACGUGAUACUUUGGACUUGAGCAGAAAAUUGCUUGACUCCUUUAUGUUUAUAUUGGAAGCUACAAAGACUCCUACAGAUCAGAAUGUUGGGAAGGUUUUAUUUCAAAACUUCAUGAAUGCCUUCCAUUAUGUUAUUGUCUGGUUGAGACUUGGAGACGUCUCAUUAUUGAAUUCUUGUGUUGACCUUGUUUUCAAAGGAUUUGAUCUUGCAAAGGAUAUGGAAUGUCUGAUUGACCGAGAUUUCCUUAUGAACUUUACCAAAUAUGGAGCCAAGGCGAAAAAGUUUAACAACAAAUUAUCAGAAAAUCAAAGGUUUGAGAUUUUAUCAAAGGCUAGAGAAUUUGAUGACGCUUUGGUUGAAUCUGUAGUAAUUGAAGUUCAGGAACAAAGAUCGAAGUCAAAGCAGAAUACACCUAUAGUGAUUGAUGAUGUGAGCCCACAACCAAGCAAGGGUUCUUUGGCAACCUAUAAGUACCAAACUCACAUUAAGCAGCCAAGACAACAGACAUUGGGUAGAUUUGGAGUGGUAACAAAAGAUGCACCAGUUGCUCCGGCACCUCCUCAGCUACCAGCGUCAUCUCUCGAUGCAAUUAGACAAUCGCUCAAGAGUACUAGGUCACCCGUUCCUUCUAAACCACUAUCCACUGUUGCACCUGCACCAGCUAGACCUGCUGGAUUCAAUUCCAAGAGAAAUACUACACCGCAAGUUGGCCGAUCUUUGAAUUCGCUUAAGAAGAAGAAAAAUGACUCAGACUCAUCAGAGGAUGAAGAGGAACAGGAAGUUGAUUUAUCUGACUUAUUUGUUGAGAAGAAAAAGAAGGCUAAGGUCAUUGAAGUAGAUAUAUCCGGACGUCCUUUGGUCAAGCCAAAUAUUUCCAAGCAACUCAGUGAUAAGAGAAGAGAAGAAGAGUAUAUGAGAUUAAGAUUGAACGUAAACUUGAAGCCACUUUACUCUACAAUUUUAAAGUGGAAUUUCAACUCGAACAGUGAGUACCCAACGAAGGAAAUAGAUAUAUAUAAACCAACGAAGGAGGUCUAUACCGAUGCAAAGGAUUAUGUCAAGGUUACUGAACCACUUUUGAUGUUAGAAUGUUGGCAAGGUAUCCAAUCUGCAAAGCAAACGGGUCAAGACGUUGCUUUUGAAUUGUUAAUUGGUAGUAGAACUAGUUGUGAUGGCUUUUUCGAUGUUUAUGCUUCCGUUAGAAAGGACAUCUUACAAGAUAGGAGAAUUGGGGAAUCUGACCUUCUUGUAUUGGGUUGUCUCCAAGGUGAGUCAUUCGAUGCACGUUCAGCUAGUAGAUAUCUUAAAGAUUCUGAAACUAUCACUUGUCUCGCUAAAGUACGUGAAAUUAAAUCUGCAAAUGCCGAUUUUUCUGAUAUCACAGUGAGAGUAUUCCCACAGGGCCUGAUGAUGGGUAUCUUGACACCAAAGUCAGUGGUUAUUGGUGUUAAGGUUAUGCAGAUGGUUACAGUAGAGAGAGAAUACUCGUCCUUGAAGGGGAUUCAAUAUUAUGACUUGGCAGAAAAUAUUUUCAAAGCACAACCUCAAGAACCAAUUAAUAUUAGCGAUCAGGAAGCAGAUAAAAUGCUUAAACUUUUUGGUGUUAACAAAUCGCAAGCCAAGGCAGUCUUGGGAUCUUAUAACCGUGAAGGAUUUUCAUUAAUCCAAGGUCCACCGGGAACUGGGAAGACUAAAACUAUUCUUGGAAUUGUUGGUUACUACUUGUCUAUGAAGCAAAAGGAGGGUGUAAUUACUUUUGAAGAAGAUCUGCUGAGAGAGGGCACUCCACCUAAGGAUUCAUUGAAUGCUCCAAAGGUUUUAGUGUGUGCUCCGAGUAACGCAGCUGUUGAUGAAUUAUGUUUGCGUUUGCGUAAUGGUGUAAAGAAUCUUCAAGGUGAAGAGAUUACACCUCGUGUCGUAAGAUUAGGUAGAAGUGAUGCUAUUAAUGCGUCAGUUCGUGAUUUGACGUUGGAGGAGUUGGUAGACAAACAGCUCGCGGCUCUGGAUACGAAGACAUCAAUCGAUCCUACAAUCCGUGAAGAACAUACGAAAUGUAUUACUGAACGUAACCGCUUGAAAGAAGCAUUACAAAACCCCGAAUUGAAAUCUUCAGAUGUCACAAAACUUGAAGAUAGUUUAAGAGAAGUCAAUAAAAAGAGAAACGAAUUAGCAAAGAAAUUGGAUGAUCAAAGAGAAAGAGUAUCUAUCGCUUAUCGUAAUAGAGAGAUUGAAAGACGUCAAAUUCAAGCAAAAAUUUUGGGAAAUGCCCAGAUCAUUUGUUCUACACUUUCCGGAUCUGCACAUGAUUUUAUUGCAAGUUUGUCAAUAAAAUUUGACCAAGUAAUUAUCGAUGAAGCGUGUCAAUGUGUGGAAUUGUCAGCUAUUAUUCCUUUACGAUACGGAUGUAAGAAGUGUAUCAUGGUUGGAGAUCCAAAUCAGUUGCCACCAACCGUUUUGUCCAAGGCAGCUUCUAAUUUGAAUUAUGAGGAAAGUUUGUUCGUUAGAAUGCAAAGACGUAAUCCAAAUUCUGUUUAUCUAUUGGAUGUUCAAUAUCGUAUGCAUCCUGAAAUUUCAGUUUUCCCAAGUGCGGAGUUUUAUAACUCUCGAUUACUUGAUGGACCAGGUAUGGAAGAGAAGAACACACGGCCAUGGCAUGAUAUAUACCCUCUUUCGCCAUACAGAUUCUUUGACGUAGCUGGGAAGCAUCAACAAAACGCACAAUCUCGGUCUUUAUUCAACUACGCUGAAGCCCAAAUUGUCUUGGAAAUGGUGGAAAUAUUGAUGCAGAAAUUGCCACAGAAUUCAUUUUCGGGCCGUAUUGGUGUUAUUUCACCAUAUAAGGAACAGAUCAGAACAAUGAAGGACAUUUUCAAAAGAAAAUAUGGUAUGGCGAUUUUAAACGAAAUUGAUUUUAACACUGUUGAUGGUUAUCAAGGUCAAGAGAAGGAAAUUAUCAUCAUGUCUUGUGUAAGAGCAAGUCCGACUGGUAAUGUUGGUUUCUUGAGUGAUGUAAGACGUAUGAAUGUGGCACUUACUCGUGCAAGAACUACACUUUGGAUCCUUGGUAAUAAAGAGUCGUUGAUGAGAAACAAAGUUUGGAAUCGUCUUCUUACUGAUGCUACUCAUAGAAAUGCAGUCACCAAUGCAUAUCCUGGAUCGAUUUCAAGCUCAAUGCGAGAGAUGCGCCCAGAAGAUAAAACACUUCAUUUUGAUAAUAAUUCAGGAUCGAAGAUUCAAGAACUAGAGGGGCCCAAUGAGUAUUCACACCCAGUUAAAUAUCUUCCUGAGAGACCUCAACCCACCAACCCAUCGACUAAUGCAAAUACUGCCACUCCUCCAUCUACUACAGAGCAUCCCGAACCAGUUAAGCAAAAAACCAACGAGAAACGUGAAAUAUCCAAGCCAAUAUCCCUGUAUAAACCACUAGACAACAGAAUACCACCAAGAGAAAAAGUAGAUACCAAUUCUCCAACUUCUACAACGAAUGCUCAGAGUACUAGCAAAUCUUUGAAUGCUCCGGCCAACAACGUCAACCAACAAGCAGCACCCUAUAAUAGACGACCACCACCCAACCCUAACCAUCCAAGUCAUCCUGAUCAUCCUAACCAUGAUCCUAAUUACAAAAGAAGGUGGCAUCCUAGUGAUCUCAGAAAUCCAAACCAUCCUAAACACGAUCCCAAUUACAAUCAAAAGCAGAGAAAGUUAAAUGGAGGAUCGCAACAGAAUGGACCUUCCAGUUCAGGCGUUCUUCCUCCAAGAAAACGUCCUGCGCAAUCAAGCAUGUUUAUUAACAACAAAAGAAACCGUCCAUUUCCUAAAUAGUUUAAAAAACACAGAAACACAUAUAUAAAAUAAAAUUGGAUACUGUAAUUGUUCACAGGCGUAC